UGCCUCAGCCCAUCUCCCGGCUCACUGCGUGACUGUCCCAGGGGCUGGCAGCACCCCAGCACACAGCGCCCUGCCUCUGGCUGGUGGGAGCGGGAUCUCUCCCUGGCUCUUGGCAUGUCUGGGGUGGAGGUGCUGGGCUCCCAGGAACCCGAAGGCGCUGGGACAUGCAUGGAGGAUGUCCCCUCCAUUAAGGAAAUUGAGCAGCUCCUGAACACUGGGCGGCCCUCUUGCAAUCAUGUUGAUGAAGUAUGGCCUAAUCUCUUCUUAGGAGACCUAGUAACAGCUCAAAACAGAUUUGUUCUCUGGAAGAUGGGUGUGACCCAUGUUUUAAAUGCUGCCCAUGGCACAUCAUACAGCCACGGAGGCCAGGACUUCUAUGGAGAUACCAUUGAUUAUUAUGGUGUACCAGCCCAUGACCUCCCAAGCUUUGAUAUAAGCCAGUUCUUUUUCUCUGCAGCACAAUUUAUCCACAACGCCUUGAACACACCAGGAGCUAAAAUUUUGGUCCAUUGUGCAGUUGGAGUAAGCAGGUCAGCUUCCCUCGUCCUGGCAUACCUCAUGAUAAAUCACCACCUCCCGUUGGUUGAAGCCAUCAAAACAGUGAAAGAACAUCGAUGGAUUUCACCCAAUCGUGGCUUUCUGAAACACCUGCAAAAUUUGGAUGUUCAGCUACGGCAAAAGAAGGACUGCUGAAAGGGCAAAACCAUUUACAUUCACUUCUCUGAAUUUCAACCUUCAUAGUCAUUGUGCUUCCUGUGCUUGAUGCAUAUUGAAAAAAAUGAAGAAAAUUAUGCAUCAAAGAAAAAAGUCAACAGAACUGUAAAUUGAUUCAUUCUGAUAGCUCAGUUUCUCCAAAACCAGUACAGCCAAGAUCAGCACCAUAAGCACUGUGUGCUGCAGUGCCUAACACAGUGCAACCAGAUGACUCCACUGGAGUGGUUAAGAUGGCCAGAGAUUGGUCCUAGUUUGUGCUAGUGCCAGAGGCAUGUUCAGUAAUUGCAUGUAUCUGUACAGUAUGCUUGCAUGCCCUUUACUUUGGAGUGUAACAGCCAGUUUCCUCGGUUUGGUUACAGUUCUUCUGUGCGUGUUUUCAUAAGAAAAUCUUUUUGUAUUUCAGGCCUGGUGAUGUGGUGAGGAAAAUUUCUUAAAAGC